GUUUGCUGUUUCAUAUGGACGGUUUGUGCCGUAGCCGUCUUCACCUCGAGAAACGACCACGACAACGACGACAAUGUGUGUUGUUGCACUUCAUGGCCGUGCCAAACGUAAGGCAAUCACAUCGCUCCACAAUCAUCCCAACAAUUACACCGGUAAAAUAAUAAUAUUAUAUGCAACAUGACAACAUCAUCAGAGGAUGUGUUAUUACAAGUAGGCCAAGUUCGUUAUAAAAAAGGUGAUGGUACACUUUAUGUUAUGAAUGAAAGAAUAGCAUGGAUGCUUGAUAAUCGUGAUACAGUAUCACUUAGUCAUAUGUAUUCUGAUAUUAAAACACAAAAAAUAUCACCAGAUGGAAAAGCUAAAAUUCAAUUACAACUUGUAUUACGUGAUAAUACAUCAACGACAUUUCAUUUUGUUAAUAAAAGCGGUGUUGAAUCACAAAUUGAAGAUCGUAAUAAAGUUAAAGAUUGGCUACAAAGAUUAUUACCAGAUUUUAAAAAUAAACUUGAUAAAGAACUUGAAGAUAAAGCACAAGUAUUAAAAAGUAAUGCUAAAUUAUUACAGCUUUAUCAUGAUUUAGUUAAAACAAAUGUCAUAACACCUGAAGAAUUUUGGAGUCAAUAUGUGCCAGAAUAUACUGUUAAAAAUACAAAUCAAUCUCAAGAGAUUGGUGUUAAUGGUGCCUUUCUUGCUGAUAUUAAACCACAAACAGAUGGAUGUAAUGGUCUUAAAUAUAAUUUAACUCAUGAUAUAAUUAAAUCAAUAUUUAAAACAUAUCCAGCAGUUAAAAAAAAGUUUAGUGAAAAUGUACCAAAUAAAAUGACUGAACAAGAUUUUUGGACAAAAUUUUUUCAAUCACAUUAUUUUCAUCGUGAUCGUAUAAAUGCAGGGACCAAAGAUUUAUUUACUGAAUGUGCUAAAAUUGAUGAUCAAGAAUUAAAAAAAGAUAUACAAUGUGGUAUUAAUGAUCCACUUGUUGAUAUUACAUCAUUUAUUGAUAAAACAAUUGAUGCUGGUUAUGGUUGUGGUAAUGGUGAUAAUGAUAGAGUAUCUGGUAAUAAUGUACAUCAAUCAAUGAUCAAAAGAUUUAAUCAACAUAGUAUAAUGGUUAUGAAAACAAGUACAGUUAAUAAUAAUAAUAAUAAAACAAUUGAAACAAUUAAUAAUACAAAUAAUAAUAUUAAAAAUAAUGGAUUGAAUAUUGGUGAAAAAAAUAAAUUAACAAAUGUUUCAUUUAAUAAUAAUGAACCAAAGAAUAAAAAAUUAAGAAUACAAGAAAAACUAAUAUACGAUGAUUUAGAUACAAGUCAUGAUGUUAAUUUAUCAAUUGGUGUACCACUUAAUUUAACACAUGUUGAUAGAUAUUUACAUGGACCAAUUGCUGGUCAAGUUGGUGGUGGUAGUGGUAGUGCAACAACAACAGCAACAACAACAACGACAACAUCAUCAUCAAGUGAAGAUGUUGAUAAUAUACUUGAAAAAUUAAAAAAUGAAGCUGGUGAUUGGUUAAAUGGUAGUAAUAUACCAAGAUCAUCAAUGAGAUCAUUACUUUGUCCACAAACAGCAGUACUUGUACUUGGUGAAUUAACACCUGGUGGUUUACUUAUGAAAGGAUAUCGUGAAGAUCAUGGAGCACAUGUGAUACCAAAAGAAUUGGAAAAAGAAUUACGUUCUGUUUAUGUUUCUAUAUUGGAAUUGUUAAAAAAAUUUUGGAAAUGUUUUCCACCAACAACACCACAGCUAGAAGCAAAUGCUGUUAAAAUGCAUGAAACAUUAUCACAUUUUCAUACAUUAAUACUUAAUCCAUUCGAGGUACGUGUACAACAAAAUUUUUCUGCUUCAGUCAAUCAAAAUCUGACUCAUCAUUUGAACCAAUUGCUCAACACAGCGUAUCGUAAAUUUGCCGUCUGGCAACAAAGAAAAAUGCAACACAGAUAGCCAUUGUUCACUGCUUUUUAGACGAGAUUAAUUAUAAAAUUCAAUUAAAACAAAAGAAAAAAAACAUUACACCAAAUUCUAAAUGAAUUUCGUUGGCAAUAAUUAAUUAAUAUUUUUUAUUGUUAUAAAAAUGUGGGUGGGAAAUGUUAUUCAUAGCCAAAGUGAUGUCAUAAUUACUCCCACGUACGUCAUCAUUUAUUUCUUGCAUAUCGAAAAUUUAUAUUGUCCACUGUAUGGAUAACUAAAUAUAAAUAAUCAUUAUCUAUUUUUUUUUUUUUUGUCUUUUUUCCUCAUUAAUCAUUAUUUAAAUUUCAACGACUGAUAAACAAACAAAUUAAAAAAUAAUUACAACUCAAUUUUACUAGCCAAUUUUCACGAUUCAAUUCUCUCCAAUUCAUUUUAUAAAUAAAUAAAACAACAAUUCUGUAUAAAAAAAAAAAAAAACAAACAAAUAAG